GACGUCAGCGUACGACCUCCCGUCCGUACAGACGCUGGGGAAGGGGGAAAGGGGAAGGGGGAAGGAGGAAGGGAGUCAGGGAGCAGCCCGUCGGGGAAGGAAUAUGUUAUAGCUGAGGUGAAAUUUGCAUUUCAAUCACCCCGGUCGUUUCGGCUGUUAAUCACAUGGCCGCCCGGACUUUUACAGAGAGAAGAGAGAGAGAGAAAAAAACGAUUUUUUCCACUAAAUUUUAAUAUCUACAUUUACUUGGAUAACAGGACGAGCAAAGUUUUCUUGCUAAUUAGUAAAAAAAGUGUGCUGCUCGUGCAAAGUUGUUGUUGUUGUUUUUUUUUGCUAAUUAGUAAAAAAAAGGUGUGCUGCAGGUGCAAAGUUGUUUUUUUGCUAAUUAGAUCUAUUGUUGUUGCUUUUUACCGUUCUUGUUGUUUUCAUCUUGUCUUUAGUUAUUUUCUUUAAGGAAACCAUUAAUAUUAAAGAGAGCUUCGCUUUUAGCCCUGGCUAAAUCUAUACAUUAAAAGAGUAGACAACGCCCGGUUUUAGAUUGCUCGAUUUGUCGCCCAAUUCGAUUUUCAGCUCGCGCGUUCGCGCUCUAAGAUGAUUGGUUGCUCUCGUAUGGCAUUGUUACAUCAUGGGUCUCAUCAGUUCUAUGAUGCGAAAAGCCAACUCAACUUCUCAAUGCUUUAAAAAGGGAGACCCAAUAUUUCACUAAUUUAUUUUUUCUACAGGGAGAGUCCUUCCGCUCCUCUGUGUUUUGCCCUGUGUCAACUCAUGCUCUAAAGCCUUGGAAAUACAGAGAUCCUUGGUGCUUAAAUCAGGACAGAAAAUCGUUAUUCCACGUCAACUCCGUUCAUGGUAUUCUUUGUUUUAUUCUGAAUUUGAUUGCCUUAUACUAGAGAAGGGUAAAGGUGUGGCUGCUUAUCUAGGAUUGUCCAUGGAUUCUGGGCCAGCCUUUAUUUUUAUGCAGCCUUUUUACCUGUGUUUUUACAGCCUUUUUGAAGGUUUGGCAACAUUGUUGAGGACCCGGAAUACAAAGUGAUCAGUCCGGGAAAUGUAAUCUUUCGGACGGUAACUAGUUUGCUUCCUAGCUAGCUGAACGCAAGAAAAUGUUGUGAAAUCCAGCCAACAUCUUGUGCAUGAAGGUUUUUGGUUUCUGGAUCCAUGAUGCAGAAAGUGUCACUUUAUUUCUGCGGAGAGAAAUUUGUUUUUCGCUACUCAAAAUUAGUUUUGUUUAUCAGAUGAAAAUUUUACUUCCAAAACGAAUUAGUAGAGACAAUGCCAAUUCGCAACUUAGUGUGUGUGAACCGUUAGCCAGAAGACGGGUAACCUGCCCGGUGAUCCGUCAGAGAAGAGAAGCUGUAUAGACUGUCUUAAGGGAGGACAGAAGAAGAAGAAGAAGAAGAAGAAGAAGAAGAAGAAGAAGAAGAAGAAGAAGAAGAAGAAGAAGAAGAAGAAGAAGAAGAAGAAGAAGAAGAAGAAGAAGAAGAAGAAGAAGAAGAAGAAGAAGAAGAAGAAGAAGAAGAAGAAGAAGAAGAAGAAGAAGAAGAAGAAGAAGAAGAAGAAGAAGAAGAAGAAGAAGAAGAAGAAGAAGAAGAAGAAGAAGAAGAAGAAGAAGAAGAAGAAGAAGAAGAAGAAGAAGAAGAAGAAGAAGAAGAAGAAGAAGAAGAAGAAGAAGAAGAAGAAGAAGAAGAAGAAGAAGAAGAAGAAGAAGAAGAAGAAGAAGAAGAAGAAGAAGAAGAAGAAGAAGAAGAAGAAGAAGAAGAAGAAGAAGAAGAAGAAGAAGAAGAUGAUGAUGAUGAUGAUGAUGAUGAAGAUGGGGGUUUAAAGAGACACAGCAGUCUUGACUUUUACUUUUCGCUUUCUCUCCUCCCCUCCUUUUUCGCUUUUCUUGCCUCAUUUUUUUCACUUGCGGGGCAUUCAGUAGGCUUCAUUUUGGUGGGAAAAGUUUUUAGGAAAGCUUUUAGGAUCUUAGCAUUUAUAGAUGAAAGCAGAGGUAGGUGGGCAUUAGAACAACAUUUUCAAGGAAAUUUUUCAGGUCAAUGUUACCUGGAUUUCUGCCUUUUUCUCCGGUGUCCUUGACUGAAUUGUGCUCAUUCUGGUAUGGUUUGAAAGAUCCCUUCACUCUGCUCGAGUUAGCGGACAACGUUAUCCUUGACUAUUAAAACUGAUGACGUAACAAGCGGUAGAAAGGACGUGGAUUCGCACGGGCGGUUACAGGCGGCUCAAGGGCGUGAGUAGCCUGAAAUUCAUCCGAUUGCUUCGGCGUGAGCUAAUUGGCGCAGGCUAAUGCACAAUCCCUGGACCCAAUAUAGUACAUUGUUAACAGAGUAAAGGAAGCUAAAAGGAGCGUCAACGCUUCAUUUGUUUCUUUUCACUGAGUUUGAUAAAUCCAUUCAUCCGGUAAUAUAAAGAGAAAAUUCGCACAAAUUGUAAAUUUUAUAGAUAUUCUUAGCAAUGUUGCAGCUAUGAAAUAGAUCAGCUUAUUAAUGCAACAAAAACCCAUUAUCCUUUUUUCCCUUGUCAGACCCAGAUCUAUAACUGAAGGAAAUGUUAAACCGCGAACAAGAUAGUUUACAUAUUUUCUGCAUUUCUUGUUUUCGCUUGUUGUGCCGCGGGGCUUAUCCUUUUCACCUGUUGCUAUAGCAACACAUGAGUCGAUGAAGUAAGAUGGUCUCGUUCUACGCGAUCGUGUAAGGAAAAGCAUCAAAGAAUUUCAUCAAUUUACUUUUCAGCAUCAAAUGUAAGUGAGAAUUCUCUUAUCUGAUUUACUUAACGAACUUCAAAGGGCAUUUUUGUUUCUUCUUACAAGUCAUUUAAAAAAAUCUGCGAUUUAGGCGCGUAAAAUGUGUAGUCUCCCCCGACAACACGAAUUCGACUGGCCAUCGUAGAUCUUUUGUGAUUAUUUGUUCGUUUCUGUGUAAACAUGACUUUAGAAUUGCUUACAUUUGUUACAUUAAUAAUAUAUUGGACUGAAGUUCCUUAGGAGCCUCAGCGAUCGCUGGGAGUACUUUAAUCUUUAAUGCAAAGAAUGUAAGCUUGUGUAAAGAAAACCGCGUAUGCCAUUAUACUCUCCUCUCACAACAGUACACGCGGUGAACAGUCGUUUUAAGGCAUUGCUUUGUUUAUAGCUGUUUGAUUGGAAGGGAAUUUCUGAUGUAGUCUUCUUUUACAAUAAUCGUUGCCAUGUAAUUAAACGAGAAGUGACCCGGGCUGCUCAUGUAUGAUUAAAAACUCAUGUUGACGAAGAUCUGUUCGGAGACGACUUUGAUUUAGUACACGCUUUGAUUUAAGACUUCUAAGGAAGUGGUUGAUCAAGAGGUUCAAGUGGUGGUGUCAGGGUUUUAACCUGUUUUAUGCAUGUUCAUAGAGUGCAUAGAAUAACACUUAUGUCCAAGUAAAGAACAACAGUUCUGAUCAGCUGUUCUAAAAAUACUUAGAGCAUUGUCUUCACACCAUAUUUGUGGAAUUUUAAAAGGCUAGAUCUACAGCCACAAUCUGGGACAAAAUAAAUGGAAAACUUAGACCCCCCUCACAACAAAUCAAAAAUUGGAAAAUGGCGUGUUUUGGUUGUCACGAAGCUUCACCUUGAUUUUCGAGUGUUGGGUUUUUGCUGUUCCAUUUUAUUGUGUCCAUGAUUGCAGUCUUGGACAAAAUAAAGUAAAAUUUAGACCCCCACCCUCCCCCCAAAUCAAAAAUGGGAAAAUGGUGGGUUUUGGCCUUUGCACAGGUUCAUCCUUGAUUGCUGGGGGAUUGGGAGUUUGCAUGCUGUUCCAUUUUAUUGUGUCAAAGAUUGUAGCUUAAAGAAAUUUGUGGGCGGUGAUGAAACAGGAACUGAACGUAUACCUCCCCAGCUCAAGAGAAAAGAGUUUGUGUUUUGUUACAUUACCUCAAAACUGAAAAAAGUGUUGUUUUGCGGACCGUUACACUGUAUAAGAUGUUGACAAACUCUUGCCAACCAUAUACUUUAGCACAUUGAUGUUAAAUUUAUAAAAUUGGUGUAUGUGAGAAAAUAGUCAGGGAGUUUUACCUGUUUUGCCAAUGUUCUCGUUGAGAUUAUCCAUGAUUUGUUGAGAGGAAAAACUUGACACAACAAGUUUUGAUAUUGAAAUGGAAAAAUUAAAACAGCCUGUGGGUGAUCGACCCCUUACAGGGAUGCUGCAAACCCGGUCAAGUUUCAGCAAGGCUAUCAUCAUCACAAAACUCAGUGGUUCGAUAGUGGCAAAGUCACCGGUGGUGCAGGUGGAAACGGGCUUGUUUAUGGUUCAGACCCAAGCAAUAAAAGCACUGGUAAGAUGACUGUUUAGAAGUCUGCACCACAUGUCACGUUCUCCUGUUCUGUUGCUCGACUGGGCAAGCUGAAGCCUCUCACUUUCUGCACUACAGCGAUAAGAGUACUAGCUGCUUUAAUUAUUGUGUUCUUAUAAAUUUAAUGUAAUUGCACCUCUAGUAAUGCUGGUGAUAUUUUAAUAAGUGUGAUAAAAGGAGAUGUAAAAAGUGGAGUUUCAGGCUCUGUAUGCAUGUAACUGCUUGAUAUAUAGCAUAUAAGAAUAAAGCGAAAUGGUAAAUAAAAUAAGAUGAAAUGCUGUGUGUGAUGAUAGAUAUAGAUUUAGACUAGUGCUGUCAUACUCUGAAGUUGAAGACAGUAUUUGAUGUCAACAUCAUCAUUCUUUUUUUCCUUUUUAGUGUGAUCUCUCUUAGGGGUCAAAUACAUUAAACAUUAAAAACCCGUGCCACACCCAGGCUGCUCUUAUCUAGGGUUUGAUUCAAAUUUUCAGACUAGCAUCCCUGUCCAUUUCCUAAAGGGGUGACCGUCACUCAUAUUGUAAACUGCCACUUACACUGUAUAAGCCCCCCAUUAUAGGCCCAUUUACUUGUAAACAAAGUAAGCCUUUCCCCCCACCCCCCGGAUAUAAGCUUCCUUUCAAAUGUAUUGAAAUGAAUUCAAUUUAUUAUGACAUUUUAAUGCUCAGUUGAAAAUCAGAAAGUACAAACAUAUUUUGGUCAGCAUUAUUCUAUUACGGUUCUAAACCUCAUUGGAUAUAAGCCCCUCCAUUUUUAAGCACUACCAGAACCCCUUACGAAGAUGUAUAAGCCCUGCAGGGCUUGUUUAGUGGCAGUUUAUGGUAUGGUCUGAUGUGAGUAAACAAGCAACCCAAGCUCAAAAGUCAACAUUCUUGUAAGCUGGUCUAUUUAUACUUACAGUGUUCCCAAAGGAGCCGCAAAGAGCAGUCCCUUUCUCCAUGCAGGACACUUACCGGCCAUUAAGCAAGAAUUAUCAUUUACAAAAUACACACAGUAAAGGGUUUGAGUUAGCAGUGUCUUCCUCAAGUGAUUCAAGACCACUGAAUGAUAGAUUCACUAAGAAGCAACAUUUUGUACAAGGAAGGGUAUGUAAGACCACUUUCUUCUAACUCCCCAAGCAGUGUUUACAAAAAACUCCAGUGAUUGGUUACCACUGGCUUUAAUUUUGAAGAGAGUUUGUUCCUGGCAUCCCUGUACAGAAGAAAUUUAUUUCAUAAUAUUUCGAACCCCCUAAAAUAAUACACAAUGGUUUUUCAGAGUAAUCCAGUGAUCUGUACUAACAAAUUUUACCUUGGUUGUUUUAAAUCCUGAAUCAUGCUUCCGAAAUAUUCCUUUUUCUUGACUGUGGCUAUUAAAAAGAUACUGAUCCCAAAUCUUGAAUAAAAGUUUUUGUGGACCCUCUUAUAACCUUGCCUGUUGCACCCUCCUACAUCUCACAUUUUCACUGGACAAACGAUUUUUUUGGAGGUGGGGGCGGGGGUUAGUGGGCUGGCUGAGGUAUUUCAAAAGAUGCUUACAGCCUCUCCCCUUCUCCAUUCCUGUAGUUUUUUGCUUGCUUUAAUUGUUUCACUCUCAAAAAUGGACAGCAGUUGCUUAUUUUGGGGCAUAUGAUAAUACUAAAUACAAGUUAAAAAUCUCCUUUUUUAGAUUCCAGGUGGUUCAGCAAGCAAUAGAAUGAUUUAUGGUACAGAUGAGGUCCUUCGUCAAGCGCAACUCAAAGAAGAGGCAAAUAGACCCUCGGGGUUUCUUUAUGGAACAGAUGCUGCUACAAAGGUCGGAAGACCUGCUCCUGCACCACGCCCAAAUAACUCACUAUGGCUGGAAGAGAGAACGUGAGUCUCAUGUUUUUUGUCACUAAGUAAAAACCAUAUUCUUUAAAGAAGAAUGUCCUAAACUGGGCUGACCCACCUUUAAUGUCUGAUGAAAUCUCUCUGAUUUCUAGAAUUUCCCACCUCUGGGAAGGGCACUUCCGUAUGGUGCACUGGACAGGGUCUGGCCAAUGGCCUCUUUUUGUCCCGCAAAGUGUAUUCAAUUACGUGAGCUUGUCCUAGACCUAAACAAGGCCAUGAUUUUUGGUAAAGGAACAACUGACUGGGUUCAAAAACAUGGGUUAUGGUUCUAUUUACAGGGAAGGUAUAUAUAUCGUAGGAUUCUUUUGAAAUAAACCUUUGACUGGCGACAACCCUAACAUUGGACAAUAAUAAUUAUUCAAGUUUCCCCCUCCCUGGGCCACUCCCUUCAGUGGUGGAUCCAAGGGAGAGGUCCGGGGGGCCUUCCGCUCCCCCCCCCCCCACCCCUUAUUUUUAGACCAAACUGAGGCCCGAAGGACUGAAAAAAGUAUUUUUUGAGACCCGGCCCCCCACUUAUCUCAGGAUCUGGAUCCGCCACUGCCCUUGACAACAAUGAACCCAAUUGACAACAUGACUGAGUUAUUAUGGGUGAGAUGAUUUGUCAUUCUAACUUUUAAAUCUGGACAAAAUCUUGUGGUGUUACCAUUCAGAUGAAACCUCUUUGGCAGACCUUUUGCUCUGUAAAACUUAAAUCUUAAGAUUGCACAAAAUUAAGCAAAUUUGGAAUAUUUUUUGGAAAUUUUUUUAUUAAGGGUUAUACCCUUACAAGCAGUACAUUAAUGAUGUAAUUACGUGUACUACAGCUGUACUCAUAUAACUUAUCUAAGUGGAGGUAAUGCCUCACAUAGUAAAGUCACUGUAUGAAUGUAAGGAUCUUACAAUAAUUAUUAUUAUCUUACAGUCUUAUUAUUAAGGGGAUAAAAUAAAAUUAUUGUAAUUAACCAGUCAAACUUUAAUUUGCAAUUUCAGUGAAAAAGAUGCCCUCAAGAACCAAACUUUAGCACAAACACAAGGUAAUAAUAUUUGACUCAAAGUUGGAUUUAUUUUUUGUUAAAAAAUUAACGCAUACUAAAAUUUAUUCUUUCAGAUGAGUUUUUAGCAAGACAUCAUGAAGAGAAAGCAAGGCAGAGGCAAGCAAUACAGGAGGAAAAGAGAAAGGUAUAUAAAAUCAUUGAUUAUAUUAUUGACAAACAACCACAGAUGGUCUUGGCCUGCGCUAAUAUUGCUGGCAUGUUUCAUUUGUCACUAAACAGAACAAAAGAAUCACAAGGAUCUAGUUUAAUGUUGGAUUCUCUUGAAAAAGUGCACCCUUUACAUUCACUUUUGUUUUAAUCGCAUUUGUCAGAAUGCAUCCUAAUCUUGGUGGUCCUGUGGUACAAAACCACAAAUUUUCGAGGUAUCAGGGGCGACUGUCGAUUAGCCGCCACACUGAUUUUAUCAGGGGCAUCUCAGCCAGGAAACUGGACUCCUUUCAACUCAAUUUCCUUUAUGAAAGUGACGAACGUGGGUCCAUAAUCAAUGAUUAUUGCUUUUAGUCUCAUUAAUAAUAUUGGCAUUAUUUUGGUCUCUCAAAAACUUUCAGGAUCUUGAAGCACUAAGAAGCUAUCAUCCUUGGGGGAGGCCUGGUGGUGGUGCACCUCUGAAUGUGAGUGUGUAUAAUAAACGGUAAUAUUAGUUUUGUUUUUUGCAGGGUGGGUGGGAAGGGGGCAAACGGAAAGGGUCAGAGUGCUGUUUAAUAGUUUUUUGCCCUAAAUAAAAUAUUGCACCGCUGUCAAUAAGAUUUCAAGUUUCUGGGUAACUGUAGUAAUAAGGUGUCUAGCAGCGAAUGGCGGCACAUGAUAUCCGUGAUGUUAAAAAUACGAACUAACUCAGUGUUUUAUCAUACAUGAGGUAAAUGACUUACAAGCGGCAGCCAGCGGCACAUACCCAGCAAGUUAACCCAAGUCCCCCCCACCCCCGAGCCUAUUAUAAGGUUAAUAAGCUAUAAAUUCAGUAACGUAUGAACAUUGUUGACUAGUUUAAAAGAGUAUGAAGUGUCGAAAUUUUCUGAGUGACCUUAAAGAGUUACAACAUGAAAAUUAUAAGUGAGUUAAGGACAAUAACUUGUUAACGUAACAUUAUAAUGCAUUCAUUUUUUUGAUCUAUAUUGUCACAGUCUGGUAUGGAUGAAAAACCCGAGACAAAAAGAAGUAAGAACAUCCAGUCUCUUGUUCAGGAGGUAGGGAUGCUCUUUGAUUUACAGUAAUAAAUAAUAAAAUAAUAAAAUAUCAUUUAAUUAAUAAAAUUAAUUAUUCUCCAGGAUCUAGUUUUUCAAUUAAUGGUGGAUACUGCUAUCCAUUGGAUAAAUCUCUAUGCACGGGAUAACGCAGCUGGUUUCCCUAAUACUUAUCCACUGGAUAGUAAUUUAUUGGGCUAUCCAACGUUGGAACAACUGGGGCCAGUUAAAUUUCAGAAAGCCUUACUAGCAACUUUCUCAGCUUGUUUAGUUUUUGCUGUUCUAGGUAGCUUUCUGCCUGCAUGAUGACAGUGACCAGAAAACCACUUGACUAGCUUCAAAACCCGGUUUUCAGCAAAAAUUUUCAGGGGCAAAUGUGUUAAACAACAGUAUGUACUACCUAAACUCAUAUUUCCAGAAGUUGAGUGGGGGGGAUUCAAACCAAAAAACCCUUUGUUGGGGGAGUAUGUAUGGGUAUUAAUAAGACGAACACAUUCCUUAAUGAAAGAUACAACUGUAGUUGUGGUUUGACCUAAUUUUAGGGUAAUCAACUGCCCUUUGGAGGUCAGCAAGUUGGAGGAGGGGCCCCAAACAGAACGGAAUCAGGAAGAGUUGCCGCAGGUUUCCGUGCCGAUCCUGAGCUAAGAUUUCCAAAGCAUGCAGCUAAAACUGAUGUUGAACCUGGUUUGGUGAGUGAAGCAGUGUGUAAUAUUAAUAAAUUAUAAUAGUAAUAAUAAUGGUAAUGAUGACGAUGAUAAAGCUUCACUGUAUUAUUCUUUACAAACUUGUGCUAAGUAAAAAAUAUUAUUGUCUGAAGUACUUUAAAUGUCUAUCAAGGGUUGAAUAAUCUGUAAUCUUUCCCCACAAUCAUGUAUUAAAUCAUCAUGUAAGAAGUCAUGCAUCAUGACACAAUAAUUAUUUAGACAUUUCUAUAUUUGCAGAGGUAUGGUGGACGAGAUAAAAAAUACAGACAUGAAUUAGGUUAGUAUAUGAUGAAUUUUGAUUCUCCUUUACCAUUACUUAAAACAUUCACAUUAGGUACAGCAUGUGAAUUAAAAGUACUUAAUGAAAAAUGAUUAUGUGAAAGAAAAAAAAAGAAAAACUGUGUUGCUCAACAAAGAGAAUGUGUGAUUAAGAAAGAAGGAACUUAUAAUGUCUUUUGCCAAACAACCACAGGAAAAACUAAUGGAUUCCCAUUUUUGGAUAUUUUAGGGUAUUUAAAGAAUACCCAUAAAAAUCCCAAAUUUGGCAAAGUGAGACAAGUCCCAACCAGGGAAUUCCUAACCAAGUUCCCUGAUUGGGACUUUUCUCACUCUUCCAAAUUUGGGAUUUUUGUGGGUAUUCUUUAACCCAUUCGCCCCUGAACCGCCCGUAACCCCCGUGCGGAUCCAGGUCCUUUCUACCCAUCGUGACGUCAUCAGUUUUAACGGUCAAGGACAACUUUCUUUGCUAACUUGUGCAGAGUGAAGAGAUCUUUCAAACCAUACCAGAAUGAGCACAAUUCAGUCAAGGACACCGGAGAAACAAGUAAAAAACCACGUGACAUUGACCUGAAAAUCUCCAUGAAAAUCUUGUUCCAUUACCCACCUACCUUUCCUUUCACCUAAUCCUAAGAUCCUAAAAGCUUUCCUAAAAACUCUUGCCACCAAAAUCAAGCCUACUAAAUGCCCAGCAAGAGAAAAAAAAAUGAGGCAAGAAAAGCGAAAAAAGAAGGGAGGAGAGAAAGCGAAAAGUAAAACUCAAGACUGCUGUGUCACUUUUAAACCCAAAAACUAUCUGGAAAUUUGGCUUUCUGCGCAUGCCCGAACUUCGCAAGCUGAUAUUUUGCAUCUGGAUCAGAAGGUCGCGAAGUGUUCGACCUGUAAACCAGUUUGUGGUAAGUUUUAGCUCUUUAUAGAACGACAGUGACCAGAAAACCACUCGACUAGCUUCAAAACGCGUUUUUCGGCAAAAUCUCCAGGAGCGAAUGGGUUAAAUACCCUAAAAUAUCCAAAAAUGGGAAUGUGUUAUUUUUUCCUGUGAACCCUCCCCCCGCCCCCCCGAUACUUCCACUGUUUUUAAUUUCAGGACUUAGCGACAUGCAGCAUAUGGUAAUGAGGCAAAAAAUGUAUAGAUUUUCUCAUUUCCUGAUGAGGAAAUUGUUUGUUUGCAGACUCCAUGAUUGAAACCUCAAGAACAAGGAAAAUGCUUCAAAGAAGAAAGAGCAUUGAAGAUGAACUGCAACAUGUAAGUUAAUCAGUAAUAUUCUCACAACAGACUCUAAACAAUGAACAAAGGAAUUUGAAACUUCUGUACUUACAGAAAUUUCAGUACUAGAAAUAACAAAUUUUUGUUGCAAUAUGAUGGGUCACCUGGAAGCUCUUGGAUCUAAUCAACAGGAUCAAGGAGAAAACAACAAACAAACAACAGAAAUAGAGUACCCUUGUAUGAAUUUAGAGGUUUUGGAGAAUUUCAUGACAGUAGCAUACUUACUUUUAGUAUACUACUAGACUUUACAAUGCAGUAACUACUACUCAGGUGAAUUAAAGAAUGGUUCACAGGAGGUUUUUAGGGGUGGGGCAGGGUUUUCUGGUUUAAAGAGGAUUAAACCUCUACACUUAAAACUUUGUAGGCCUGACUCCAUCUUUUUAAAAAAGGAUAUGAGUUUCAUUUUGAAUGAUGGAUUUUCCUGGUCACGUGACUUGUCAUGCCCAUUUUUUUCUAUCUAUUUUGAUCCAAAAUUACACCACUUUUAAAAGAUUGAAUUUAAUUGAACUUGUGUUUUAUUUAUGACUAUGAGUACAAGGUGGGGUUUUUCGAAAUUAAUUAUUGUUUUAAGUAAACUAUGACGUUUUCAUUUUCGAGGGAGACUGGGGUGAGUAGAAAACAUUGAAUUAUUACUUAGUAAUAAAAUAUUUUGAAAUUUCCUGAUUAAUUUGCUGUGACUUUAACAUUAAACUAAAAUUUUGCAUAAUUAUGGGCGUGGCUAGUCAUGUGACUUCAAAAAUUGCAAUAUCAGCAGCAAAAUGUUCCUUUCAUCUGGGCACAGACAUAAUCAGAGAUAAAGGGAGUGCGCAACAAAAUGAGAAUAAUAAGGAUAAAAGCCAGGUAUCAGUGAGAAGCCAUCCUUAAGACUUUACAACAUUUUGAAGAAUUACCCUCAAAACCCCAAUCAUUUUAUUUUUUUGUAGAUGAGCACAGACCAGUUUGGAAAAGAAGGUGCUGGGGCUCCGCGGAAAACGGGAUCUGGUGAAUGGAAAUUUAUUUAAUGCAGCUUCUAACUUUUGUGAAGCCUAGUUUCCUUAUAUUUGUCUCAAAAUGUGUUCACGUGGUUGAGAGAACCACAUGGAAACAACAUUGAUGUGAUAAUCUCAUAGAAACACCUCAUGCAAAAACAACAAAUUUCCCUCUCAGACCCCUCACCUAUCUCUGACGUUAGACCUAAAGAAAUUCAAAUAAAUUUAUACUUUAAUAAAACCCUUUUGGAAGGUGAUAGAUGUAAAAAUAUUGACGACAGACUGAAGUGCGAAGCCCUUUACAAACCAGUUUAAAAGCUGAUACUUUGUGACAAAAAGUUCAUUACAUAAAGAAAGAGAGAAAAAUAUACACAAACACUGCUAAGAUUAUCUAAUCUACAAAUGGAUUAAACAAUUUUUCAAUAAUGAUGAUUUUCUACUUACAUGUACCAUCUAAAUACCACCCAGGCAGGUAAAUUUAGGCCUUCCCUCUCGUGGUUUUAACUGCUGAGUUGUCUGUGAGUUAGCAAGUAACAGUCUUCAUUUUGUCUUUGUAAAGGAACUGUGAAAGCAGGCUUUCCCACAACCCUGUCCAAGGACAUAGAAGAACUCCGGCAUGUUAGCCGAAGGAAUCCACAGACCUUCAGUCAAGAUAGAGAUUCAUUUGAGGUGUGAAUGAGAGCAUUUCUUUUGAAUAGUUUUUUUAUGCCUUGGUUUGGGUAUGGAUUCCUCCAGUCUCUCAACUUGUAACAGUAAAUGAGUUCAGUACUAUUUGGUGCUUAUUGGAAUUAAGUUAACCAAGCUGCUGAGGUCUUUAGCCGGUAUCAUAACUCAAAUUUUUAGUGCUUCUUGCUGACAUUGCUAAACAGAGAUAAGGAUGCUAGGGUAAGGGUUGUGAGGAGGGAGAGGGUAAGGGUAAGAGAUCAUUAUACAUCUCUGGGGAAACUCCCCACCUACCCUUCCCCUAAGCCAACAUUAACACUUACUUCUCACUUAGGGCAAAAUGUUGGCUUAGGGGAGGGGUAGGUGGGCAGUUCCCCAGAAACGUGUAAUGGUCCAGGGUAAGUGUGAGGCUGAGGGUAAGGAUAAUAGCAAGGGUCAUGGUGUGGGUGUGGGUAAGGGCAAGGUUAGGGUUCAAGAGGGUAAGAGUAAGGGUCAGUAUAAAGGUGAGGUGGGGGGGGUAGUAGUAAGAAGAAGGCUGAAGGAUAAGAGUGAGGGUAAGGGUAAGGGUAAGGCAGAGGCUUAGGGCAUGGAGAUUCCACAUCAGCUUGUUUGCAGUUGUUAAGUCACGUAACUGUGUAGUGGCAUUUCUUUCUGGAGCAAAAUACCACAGUGUGCCCAUGCCCUGGGUUUUAAAGAAAUGAUAUGAGCACUAAACGAGUGUACUGAGCAUGUGAUGAGUUAUUUUUAGAGUAAAAACGGUAAGGGUUAGGGUUAGGGUGGGUGUGAGGGAAAGGGUGAGGAUGAAGCCAGCAAGUUCUCAGAAGGUAAAUGUUUAUCUGUUGCAGUAUAAUCCCUGGGGAAGAGGUUACGGAAACCCACCAACAUUUGAUCAACAAGGAAGAAUUGUCAAACCACUACGAGCAAGGGAUGAAAAUGACAUGGUAAAAUAAAAAAUUAUUGUUUCAAAGUGACCUGCAAUAUUAUUAUUAAAAUUACCUUAAAUGUGCAAUCAAUAAGAAACUAUAUAAUCAUAGACACCUGUUAAUAAUUCAACAGGCAGGAAUUGGUAUUGAAGUCAAUCGUCCAGGUGCUGGAGCUCCCAAUGUUGAUGAACAUGGAAACUUGAAAGUAAAGAAGGCACAAACAUUGACCAAAAGUUAUACUGGAGGUAACAAUAAGAACAAUUAAUGAUUUACUCAUACUGUGGGUACUUAAUAUUCAAGGGUGACACUUAAUCGGGGGUGGGGCUUCUUUGAGAACUACAGUAUUACUUCAGCAAUAAAAAAUUUCCUUUUAUCCUCUAGACACAGUCCAGCGUGAUUUCAGCCCCAAAAAUAAGCGCAAUGUUUAUGACCCGUGGGGAAGAUCAGGGGCAGGUGCUCCAAUAAAGGAUGCUGAAGGGCAAAUCCAGACUCGGACAGCUGGCAAAGUAUUACAUGAUUCAAGUGUAAGUAGACGUUAACACCACUUUAUUUUAAUUGCUUCCAAAAGUUAUUAAUAGCUGAUUCUAAAGAGCUGUGAUUUCAGUGAACCCAAGGUCCUCUUACAUUUUUCAUGCACAAGUGAUCACAACUCAACCAGGUUGAGGGUAGCAGCACUUAAUAUUAUUAGCAGUAUGAAGUUUUAGGGUGCAGAAAAUUGGGCUGGAUCUCUGAUCUGGAGGGUUCCUUGGUUACCUAUGGACCCCCCCCCACCAGCAUUCCAGAUACUGCUUCAUAUUCUAACCCCUUUUUGAUAUAAUAAUUAAACCUCAGCUCAGAAUACAAUCAUUAUUAGGUUUCAAUCAAAAUCUUAGAUCCUCCCUAGCAGGGGAUACAAAUUUAUUGGAAGAUGUUAUUGAGGUUGUGUCCAUUACAUUUAUUUAUAUUUCUGAAGUGAAAAAGAAUCUGUUUAUUAUCCUUAAAAAUUGAUGUUGUUUUAUUAUAAAGGGGAGAGCCUUGGGGGGGGGUACUUUAGGAAUUUCAGGUGGGGAUGUGCCACUGGGACCCUUGGACCCUGGAACCCUUAACCUAUACCAGAGCUAGUUCAGCUGAAUUUUGCUACCCCAUACUAGAGUAAACUCCCCAAAUCCCCCCUAUCCUAGAGUAGCUGUUUUCCAGAAGCUACUGAGGUCACUAGCACAGUAGUCUAGCCAAAACAAAUCCUUAUACCACAAUCCCUAGUUUAGAUGAAAUCUUCAACCAACUGAUCAGUUUCCUGAAAAUGAUACACUAUUCUAGACUCAAACGCUCUGAUUUAUAUACCCUAUCCUAGAGUAAACUGCUUGAAAACCAUACCCUUCACAGCGGUACAUACCUAUUCUGCCCAUAUACAUGUAUGGUAUGUACAUGUAUGGCAGUAACCCCCCCGCUAGGCUAAUGAAAAGACAGGGUGCCAAUUGUGUGCCACUCUGGUUAUCUUUUAGGGCAAAACCUGUGGGUUUACACGUGCGAUAACUAGCACUUUUUUCAUUACUUUGUAGGAUUAUUCUCCAGCUGGAAAAAUGGACACACAAGCAAAACAGCAUUUACUUUCAACUUUGUGUGAGUUGGGUUUUUGUAUUGGAUUAGACAAAAGUUUAUUCAUGAUAUUUCCUAAUUUUGCCAAUUUUUGGCUGGGUCACCACCCAGGGGGGGUACUCGGGAUUUCAAGUGACAGGGACGAUCGAAUGGAGCCAAAGGUCAAGACCCAAAAAAAUCCCUAGGGCUUCCAGCAAAACCCAAAAAAUCUCUGGACCAAAAAUGCAGACUAUUGUAUAAAACGUGUGAUGUAAAGCGACACCAUAGUUAACUACUAAAUAACAGCAAAACACGCUUGUUUGUACUUUACUCGCAGAACUACGCAGCCAGGGCACUACCCAUUCUUUUUAAUACCCCCAAAAGAUCCCUACUCAAAUCAAGCUACCCAAAAAAAUACUUGCCAAAUUUUUGUACCCAAAAAAAUCGCGGAGUCAAAAAUUUCAACCCCCAAAAAAUCCUUUGAUCAUCCCCGUCACUUGAAAUCCCGAGUACCACCCCCUGGGGGUCACCACAACAGUGCAUGUUACACCAAUUACUGCGUGCCCACACCAGACCCACAUCCUUCCGCUUGGAACCAAAGUAUUGCUUCAGUCACUCAAAAGUUCAAUACACUGACUUUUCUUUAAAUUUAUCUACAGUGACUCAGACUGAAGAAAGCAAAAGUCGUAGAAAAGCUGAACAUGAAGACCUGUUAAAUGUAAGAAAUGUACCAUUUAAAUUGACGAGUGUGUUUUCUUUAUGCACUAUGAUAUUGUUUGGAGUUUAAGAGGGUUGUUCUCUUGUCAUUUUAGAAUGAAACGGAUGCUGCUUCAUGGGUACGGUCUGGAAUAGUUGGACAACCCAGUUAUGAUCCAACUACUAAAGAAAUUAUUGCACCUAAGAAAAACACGUCAGAUGUGACAUCACAGGUACAAUAAUAACCUUAGAUGCUAUUUUCCAGGGAAAUUUGCUUGAUGACUUAAGGCAAAAACUGUGGACCUAGCCUUAAUGUCUACUAUUGUUUUGACCAUAGGUAUUGAAUAUAAGGAGACCAAAGAACGAGAAAAGCUACGACUAUCACACUGACCUUGAAGUUCAAGCUCACUGGAGAGAUCUACAGCGGAAAAAGAGUGCAGAGGAGCAGCGAAUCAAGUCUGUUGAGGUAGCAACUUAA